AUGUCAGAUAUUCAGCAACAAUGAUGGGAUGAAGAAGUCAAAUGCAUGUACAAACUCAUCAUUUUUUACAGCUAUAUUCUAUUUUCUGUCUCCCUCUUUCCUAGAAUUUUAUAUUUCUUAUAUAGCCUCUCAUCUGAAUUAGGAAUAUUUAUUUGCGCUUUAUUUUUUACACAUUUGAUGUGCAUUUUGAUUAUUAAAUAUUUCGAAAAGAAACCUUCAUUACCAAAAACAAUCGCCGCUAUUAUUUUUGCUGAAAUUUAUUCAUUUACCUGUUAUAUGCCAUGCAUAAAAAAUAAAGAGCAUCUAUGCUUGAGAUGAAUUUUCUCAUUGGUGUUAACAACACAAUUUCAGCUUCCAAUUGUAAAAAAUAAGGUAAUUUUCAAUUUACUGCUUAUCAAGCAUAUUUUAAUGUGGUAUUAUUUAUCAAUUGACUUUAGCAUAAUAAAAAAGACUUAUGAUUUAACUCCACUGAUUGCUGCAACAGCAAUCAUUGUGGUUUGCAAUAUUGGUAAUUAUUAUCGUCUAAAAAUCUCAUAUGAAAGAUUUGUGUUUUUUAAAGAAGUAGAAGAUUCCAAGAAAAGGUUCGAGUUAAUUACACAAGCACUUACUGAUGGAAUCUUAGUUAUUACUCUAAAUCGAGUAAUUGAAUUUUAUAAUGGUAAUACUCUUGAAUUUCUAAACUGCAAUCCUCAAGAAAUUUUAUCUGAGCUCUCAAAGUGUAAAUAUUGUGCAGAUAAAAAAAUUUCUCAAUUAAAUCAAUCUAGCUUGCUUAUUGAUGAUAUAAAUUAUAUUUUCGAAAAUGUUCAAGUAGAGGAGGUGACUCUCGGGGUGAUUCAAAUAAAUAAUAUUAAUCUGGAAUGGAAAGCAAAAAAUAUUAUUUGAGAAAGUAAUCAAGCUAUAUUUUUGACUAUUAGGAACAUCAAUCAAAUUAUUGAGUUAGAAAAAUCUAUAGCUAAUGACCAUAUGAAAACAGUUCUUUUAAGAUCAGUUUCGCAUGAGCUAAAAACUCCGCUCAAUGCUAUAGCUUUUUUUACAGAUGAGUUGAUAGAAAAGCCACUAAUUGAGCUGCCAGAUAGUGAAAAAGAAAAAUUAAAAUUAGUCUUAAUUUCGUCAAAACUCAUGCUUUCUCUAAUUAAUGAUUUACUAGACUACUCAAAAAUGCUUGCAGGAGCUUUUACUAUAAAUAAAACGUACUCUGAUAUAAGGCAAACUGUUUAUAACGCAUGUGAUUUGAUAAGUAUGCAAGCUAAAAAGAAAAAUAUAAGCCUGAUUUAUAGAAUUGAUCCUAAUAUACCUGAAUUAGUUUUUACUGAUAUUGUGAGAUUCAGCCAAAUUUUAUUGAAUCUGCUAACUCCUCGCCCCUCCAUGAGCGAAUAAAAUCUUUAGAAAAAUCACUAUUUUUUGGGUAAAACCCCACCUUCAUGAGUGAACAAAAAUUGUUUAUGAAAAAAUAAAUGAUUAUAAGUAUAAUUAGUAUGGUGAAAUCUCGAGCUAAUUCUGCUUAAUUUUUAACAAAUUGUACUUUAAAAACAUAAAUUUUACUAAAAUUUAUAUAUAAAUUUUUAAAAAAACAAAAAUUAUCCCCUUUUGUGAUCGAGCAAAAUUUUUUUGUUCCCUCACGGAAGGGGCAGUAAGCAAUGCACUAAAAUUUACUAUUAAAGGAUACAUAGAAAUUUGCAUUUGAAUUAAUUCUAACAAUAAACUCGAAUGCAAAGUAGAAGACACAGGGAUUGGCAUAAGUAAAGAAGCAAAAAAGAAAUUAUUUACAGAAUUUAGUACAAAUUAUGACCCUGUUUUGAAUUCUCAAGGAAAUGGCUUACUCCCCCCCUCCGAGAGUGAACAAACCAUUAGAAAAAUCGCUAUUUUUUGCCCAAAAACCCACCCUCCGUGAGUGAACAAAAAUUUUUUUAAUAGAAAAAUUUUUUAAGGAAAAAAAAUUUGAUAUAUAAAUGAUAAUUAUUAUAACGAAAUCUAGAGCUAAUUCUGUUUUAAUUUAAACAAAUUGCUUUUUAAAACAUAAAUUUAUAAAUUAAAUUAAUAUUUGCUUUCCAAUUUUUGUGAAUUAGGAUUUUUUUAAAUUUCGAAAAAAUAUUUUUUAUAAAAUUUAUAUAUAAAAUUUUUUUUAAACAAAAAAAUUAACCCCGCUCCGUGAGUGAACAAAAUUUUUUUGUUCACUCACGGAGGGGGGGAGUUAGGGCUAUGAAUAUCAAACUUCUUACUCCCCCCCUCCCUGGGUGAACAAAAAAAUUUUGUUCACUUACGGGGGGUUUACUUUUUUUUUUUAAAAAAAUUUAUAUAUAAAUUUAUAGAAAAUUUUUUCUUCGAAAUUUUAAAAAAAUCCCACUUCUCGAAAAUUGGAAGGCAAAUAUUAAUUUAAUUUGUAAAAUUUAUGUUUUAAAAAUGAAAUUUGUUUAAAAUUAAACAGAAUUAACUCGAGAUUUCAUGAUAAUAGUUAUCUCUUAUAUAUCAAAAUUUUUUCCCAUAAAAAAUUUUCUAUUAAAGAAAUUUUUGUUCACUCACGGAGGGUGGGUUUUUGGGCAAAAAAUAGGGAUAUUUCUAAUGGUUUUGUUCACCUACGGAGGGGGGAGUUAGUGAAAUCAUUAGGUGGCUCAGGGAUAAGAGUCAAAUCAAAGCUAGGAAAAGGAUCCCAAUUUCAAUUCUCUAUAGAUGCUUUUGAAAAUCCACAAGAAUUAAGAGAUUUUGAAGAAGUUCUUACAACCGAUGAAGAAGUAGAUUGGUUGGAUUUUUACUUUAACAAAGAUUUUAAUGUAUCUUUAAACUCCAAAGUUCUUAUCGUAGACGACAAUGAACUUAAUAGAAUGAUUGUUGGCUCAAUUUUAAGCCAAAGCGGCAUCAGCUAUGCAGAAGCUUGAAAUGGAAAAGAAGCCUUAAAUAAAAUCAUUGAGUGCAGUAACAAAGGAUAUAUGUACUCAGCAGUGAUUAUGGAUUGUAAUAUGCCCGAAAUGGAUGGUUUUGAGGCGACAAGAGAAAUAACGAAAUUGUAUCAAAUGAAAAAAAUAAAUGACAUGCCAAGCAUAAUCGGCUAUUCAGCAUACAGCUCAGAUGAUGACAGGAAUGCCUGCAUUGAGUGCGGAAUGGUAGAUUAUUUAACUAAGCCUUCACCAUCAGAAAAUAUCAUAAAAGUGAUUAAACGGUAUCUAUAG